UAAUCUGAAAUCUGAAAUCCGACACUACCCGCCAUUUUUCCCCAACGAGUUCAUCCAGUCGUUUUCUCUUCAUCCUUCUUCCACUAUUCAAUUCUGAAAAUCGGAACAGAGAUACACAACGAGCUCACCAAACUGUACAUGUUGUUAUGUUGCUUCGUGUGGCACUUGGACGCCAUCGCCGUCGGUAUGAAUCGCUCUUUACCAGCCACCGUGAUCCAUUCCUAUCCCUAUCUUUCCCCUUUUCGUCUUCUCCUUCCUUCCUCUAAUAAUGCCAGAUUUCUCGGCUUCCAAUUGCACACAUGGAGGCGAUUCAGGAGGCGGCUUAAGUUUGCUGUCACUGCGGAGCUCUCCAAGUCUGUAUCCUUUAAUUCUGCCUCCGAAUUUCAGUUAUCAUGGAUGGGUCCUGUUCCUGGCGAUAUUGCUGAAGUUGAGGCAUAUUGUAGAAUCUUUAGAACUGCUGAGCGACUUCACUCUGUGCUGAUGGAUACUCUUUGCAAUCCUUUCACUGGUGAAUGUAGCGUUUCGUACGAUGUUACUCCAGGGGAAAAUCCAGUAAUUGAGGAUAAAAUAGUGUCUGUACUUGGUUGCAUAGUAUCGCUUCUAAACAAAGGAAAGGAGGAUGUACUCUCAGGAAGAUCAUCUGCCAUGAAUGCUUUCCGGGGUGACAAUUUAGAUGCAAUGGAGGAUAAUCUUCCUCCACUUGCUGCCUUUAGGAGUGAGAUGAAAAGGUGUUGUGAAAGCUUGCAUGUUGCUCUUGAAAACUUUUUGACUCCUGAUGACGACCGGAGUUGGGAUGUAUGGAGGAAACUUCAGAGGCUGAAGAAUGUCUGUUAUGAUUCUGGUUUUCCUAGAGGGGAGGAUUAUCCCUGCCAUACAUUGUUUGCCAAUUGGAAUCCUGUUUAUCUACAUAACUCCAAGGAAGAAGUGUCCGCCAAAAAUUCUGAUGUGUCCUUUUGGAGUGGUGGUCAGAUAACAGAAGAAGGUCUGAAGUGGUUAAUUGAGAGAGGAUUUAAAACGAUUGUUGAUCUUAGAGCAGAGACAGUGAAGGAUAUAUUCUAUAGUGCAUCCUUACAUGAUGCUAUUGGUUCGGAUAAAGUUAAAGUGAUCAGGAUUCCUGUUGAAGUUAGGACUGCACCAACAGCGGAUCAGGUCGAGAAGUUUGCAUCGUUGGUUUCAGAUGGCAGCAAUGGGCUGCUCUAUCUUCAUAGUAAGGAGGGCGUGUGGAGAACAUCGGCCAUGAUAUCUAGAUGGAGGCAAUAUGCGACUCGCAGUGGAUCACAGUUUGUCUCUAAUCAGACAAUUGUUCCAGCCGAUAUUCCCCUUGGAGACACCUCUCCCAAAUUGGUACAAAAUCCAAAUGGAGCAAAAGAAUCUCUGGAAAUUUCUACAGUUGAAAAAACAUCUUCAUGCGAUGAAAACAGUCAAUCUUUGCUGCUAGAAAGUGCUGAUCAUCGUUCAAUUAACAGAAAAAAUAAUGCAGAAGCUGAUAAAAUUUUUCAGAAUGAAAAUGGAGCUUUCAACGGGGCUAUUCCUACACAAGAUCUGACAUCUUUAAGAGCAGAUCAUAAUGGGGAAGAGCAUCUGUCUCAAUUUAGUGUUGCAACUGACCCUUUGAAAGCUCAGAUUCCUCCAUGCAAUAUUUUCUCAAGAAAAGAAAUGUCCAACUUUUUCAGGACCAAAAAAAUUUCUCCUCAAAACUACUUGCACCGUAAAAUGAAAACAAAUGAAAAACGGCCACCUUCUACGGAGUUACCUAUGAGCAGAGUUCAAAAAUUUAGUGUUGACAAUAGUGAUCUUAAAUCUGGGCUUGUUGAAGCAGGAAACACUAAUGGUAGGCCAACUGUGAAAGAGACGUCCUCAUCGACUCAUUAUUUAUCUACUACAAAUAUGAGGUAUGUAAAUGGUGAUAGUCAUGUAUCUUCCAAUCCUGUUCAUAAUGAACUUGGAGUGGAUGGAAGGAAUCCUCUGAUGACUGAAGCCUCUACUGCUGUUGGAGAUAAAUUUCAGUCUAAAGCAGAAACAAACAGCUUAAAGAGCAAUGGUCAAGCAACUUCAGUUUCUAGCAAUGAUGAAAUGAAAUCUGUCGAGGGGAAUAUGUGUGCUUCUGCCACUGGUGUUGUAAGGGUGCAAUCAAGAAGGAAAGCUGAGAUGUUUUUAGUUCGAACAGAUGGAUUCUCAUGUGCCAGAGAAAAAGUGACCGAAUCGUCUUUGGCCUUUACUCAUCCUAGUACCCAGCAACAGAUGCUCAUGUGGAAAUCCACUCCUAGGACUGUAUUACUUCUGAAAAAGCUGGGUGAAGAGCUGAUGGAAGAAGCUAAAGAGGUAGCCUCGUUCAUGUAUCAUCAAGAGAAGAUGAAUGUUCUUGUUGAACCUGACGUACAUGACAUAUUUGCAAGAAUUCCAGGGUUUGGAUUUGUCCAAACCUUUUAUAGUCAAGACACCAGUGACCUACAUGAGAAAGUUGAUUUUGUGGCCUGCUUAGGUGGAGAUGGGGUUAUUCUCCAUGCAUCAAAUAUAUUUAGAGGUGCUGUUCCCCCGGUUGUUUCGUUUAAUCUCGGCUCUCUUGGAUUUUUGACUUCCCACACUUUUGAUAGUUAUAGGCAGGACUUAAGACAAGUCAUUCAUGGAAAUGAUUCACUGGAUGGUGUCUAUAUAACUCUAAGAAUGCGUCUUCAGUGUGAAAUUUUUCGAAAUGGCAAAGCUAUUCCUGGAAAGGUAUUUAAUAUUCUCAAUGAGGUUGUUGUUGAUCGAGGCUCCAAUCCGUACCUUUCUAAAAUUGAAUGUUAUGAACACGAUCGUCUCAUAACAAAGGUCCAGGGCGAUGGAGUUAUUGUGGCCACACCUACGGGAAGCACUGCUUACUCUACUGCAGCAGGGGGUUCUAUGGUGCAUCCGAAUGUUCCUUGCAUGCUUUUCACUCCAAUCUGCCCCCAUUCUCUCUCAUUUAGACCAGUUAUACUUCCCGACUCAGCACGACUCGAGUUAAAGAUUCCCGAGGACGCCCGAAGUAAUGCGUGGGUUUCGUUCGAUGGAAAGAGAAGGCAGCAACUCUCAAGAGGAGAUUCUGUUAAGAUAUCCAUGAGCAGGCAUCCACUCCCAACAGUAAACAAGUCUGACCAAACUGGUGAUUGGUUUCGCAGCUUGAUUCGGUGCCUGAACUGGAAUGAAAGGCUUGAUCAGAAGGCCCUUUGAAGCCACAGCCAUAGCCACACUUUCAACUUCAUCUCUAAUCAAUGAGGUUAUGUAAAUCACUGUACAGAUAUAGAAAAUUUGGUCUCUAUAGUAAAUAGUUCACUUUCUUUUUCUCAUCAAAAGUGAAAGAGAAAAUGGUUGUAUACUGUCAUUUGAUAGAAAUUAGAAUAUUUAUUUUUUAAUGGAUAUUAAAAAAGAUAAAUCAAUU